GGGGAGAAAGAGAAGAAGAGGCGCAGAAAGUGAGGAAAAGGAGGAGGAGAGGAGUAUGAAGAGAGGAGGAAGAAGAAAAGGAAGGGAGAAGGAAGAAGAGUAUGAAGGGAUGAAAAGAAUAUGAGUAGAAAGGACGGAGGAGGAGUAAGGGAGGAAAAAGAGGAGAUGAGGAGGCAGAGGAGAGGAGCAGUAUGAAGGGAGGAGGAUGAAGGAGAGGAAGAGAAGAAAGAGAAGAGAAGGAGUAGAAAAGGAGGGGGAGAGUAGGAGUAGGAAGGGAGGAUGAAAAGGAGAGGAGAAGUAUGAAGAGAGAAGGAGGAGGAGGAAGGAGGUGAGGAGGAAAGGCAAAAAUGUAUGGAUGCAACCGCCUGCUUUGGUUUCCUUCCCUAGAAAAUUAUCCCCUGUGUAGGGCACUAGCACUCAGUUUGAGACGCGCCCAGGUGAGCCCUCUCGUUGCGUCAUAUUCUCGCGAUAGCUGCAGCAGCAGAGGUCGCUGUAUUGAAUGAAGCAUGGAGCUGAAGUUCUGUCUGUUAGUGUGUUCUGGGAUACUGCUGUCAUACACUUCUGCAGCAGCAGGUGUAGGUGUAGGGAGAACGGAGUCCUGCAGCAGUUUUGAGUUCAGCUGUUCUAAUGGACAGUGUGUACCAAAGUCGUGGCGCUGUGACAAUUCGUUGGACUGCAGGGAUGGAAGUGACGAGGAAAACUGCGAAGAGAACGAGUGCAAGGUGAAUAAUGGAGGUUGUUCCCAUCUGUGCUUGGAUCUGAAGCUGGGCUUCAUGUGUGAUUGCCCCCCCGGCAUGCGGCUGGUACAGGACACACACUGUGAAGAGGUGGAUGCCUGUCUGGAUGCAGAUAUAUGUGACCAGCUGUGUGUCCAGUCUAACAGCUCUUUUACGUGCGAGUGUGUCGAUGGUUACCUGAAGAGUCAAGAGAGUGGGCGGUGCCUCGCUACAGGUGGCGCUGCAGGAUUGGUGUUCUCCAGCAGUUCUGGGAUCAGCUGGAUGAGCACUGCUGGUUCAGAUCAGAGGACCAUCUCAGACAGUACAGGAUCUCCUGGACCUUUAGCAGCGUUCAUGGAAAACAGCACCAUCUACUGGAGCAAUCCUGAACAUGCAGGAAUCUACAGGUUGUCUCUGGCUGGGGAAGAUCAGACCCCCACGCUACUGUUUAAAAACACCAGUGGGAUUUUGGGGCUGGCUGUGGACUGGGUGAAUAAACUCCUCUACUGGACCAGUAACAGCACUCGGGCUGUACACUCUUCCUCUCUGAAAGGAUCAGAACACACACCGCUCAUCACCGGCCUGACCCGACCCACCGCCGUCGCUGUACACCCUUUACUGGGGCUGCUGUUCUGGGCGGACGGAGGGGCUUUGCCAAAGAUUGAGAGGUCCAGACUAGACGGAACUGACAGAACAGCUCUGAUUACCUCAGUCAUACAGAACCCGGUCUCCAUCUGUUUAGAUCUUCCUCGUGGGCUGCUGUACUGGGCUGACUCCGGACUCCACACCAUCUCACGGGUCAGAUACGAUGGCCAGCAUCGGAAGACGGUGGUGGAGUCAAACGGUUUUCUGGACAAGCCAUUUGGACUGUCUGUGUUUGAGGAUCGUGUGUACUGGACUGACCAGUUGACGGGUUCCGUCUGUAGUGCAGAUAAACACAGCGGGAAAUCUCUGAGAGUGAUCCAAAACAUUAGGACACAUUCUGCUGCUGGACUGUUCAUCUACCACCCACUACUCCAGCACACAGGUGCUGUUCUGUCUCCGAAUCAGGCUGAGGCUGCUGAUACUGUUGUCCCAUGGAUCCUCUCUCUGAUUGUGUUCCUGUGUGUGGUGUUGGCUGUUCUCCUGUCGUGUUGGUGGAGAACCGAUAGCUCUUCGUCUUCCUCUUUAACUGCCUUUACAGCUGCUUCACUGAAGGAAUCUCAGGACCCACUCGUACCAUCUACACACUCCGACUCACACCCAGACAAAAAAAGAGACGAAUACAGGAGACAGAGAGAGGGGGGGCGCCCUUUCUUCAGGAUGGAACACACAAUGAUUUAGCGGUCUGAUACAGGAAAUUCCUCCUCCCCAUCAGAGGAAACAAAAGCUAACGUACCUUUCACUCUUGGAAACUUUGUGUGUGUGUGUGUGUGUGUGUGUGUGUGUGUAUGGGUGUGUGUGUGUGUGGUCACUGCUCACCACUUCCUGCUGGUGAUCGAGACACUGAAGUGGGCGGAGCCUCAUGAGUUUAUUUAUCUCAUUUGUUUCAUCAAGGUCAUCUUUUCUGUAAAAGUGAUUUGUGAAUCUGAUUCAGCCAUCACAAAAAAAAUCACUUGUAAAAAAGUGUUUGCAACUACCUAUAUUACACUCUUUUUUUUCAUUUGAAUGAAUCUGAAUUUGACUCAUGCAACACUGCAAAAUCAUUUUUUCCUUCAGUUUUUGAUACGUUCAUUGAAGCUUAAUGGAAGUCAUUCUGUAUGUUUGAUCUACUGUAUAUUUGACUCCGAAUGUUCUGAAAUUCAUUUGAAUCUGAAUCAUAGUCAUUUCUAUUCAUUACCUUUGGGCUAAAAGGUUAAAAACAUUCAGUAAACUUUUAAAUGGAUCAGUUUAAGUCAAUCUUGAGGAAGUCAUGUGUGUAAAUGAAUUAUUUAUAUUUGAGUUCAUUUUGGUUUGGAAUGAAUUUGAAUCUUCUCUCUAAUCUCCAAGUCUUCUUUGCAAAAUUGAGAAAAUAUUUAUUUUUUGUAUUUGAGUCUUUUUCCCCCUAUUGUGGGAUCAAAAUAGUUAUUUUAAUUAGUCACGUAGUGACAAUGUGAUAAUGAUUUUCUUUAGCUUAUGAUUUAAUAUUUUAUUUGAAAUUAAUGCCUUUAUUUACAUUAAUCUUUCUCUUGUUUUCAUUCUUGAAUAUGAAUUGGAGAGCAAUCUGCUUAAAUAAAUCUUUUGUGGAAAAAGAAAGAUAUUGACUCUUUAAAUGAAUCAUGUGGUUAAACAUUGUUUGUUCUGAUUUAAUCGUUUUAGUUUGUGUUGAUGAAUCCUUUGUACACAGUCUGUAUUGUUUAGGAUGAUCCUGGAUCUUUAUGUUUGACUCUUUUGAAUGUGUAUGAAUCGGAACCUUCCUGCUGAAGCUUCUGUUUAGCUACUGAUUUAUACUGAUUCAUUAGCUUGAAUUUGACUCUGAAUCAGAGUCAUUAUAGGUGCUCACAGUGACAGUGUUUAUUUAAGUGAUGAAUCAGGAAUCAUAAUAGUUUUUUUUUUUUUUUAAAGAUGGGAACUGGUUUGUGCAGUGUGUGUGUGUGUGUGGGGGGGUGUGUGUUGAGUAUCAGCGUUGUGUUAACUGUUAGAGAAACGGGGAACAUUUAUUUAUCUUUAUUGUAAAUGAAAGUGUGGAGUGAAAUAAAGCUGUAAUCUCUCUGUUA